GUGUUACGCCACGUUACUGCCGAGCGACGGUGUUACGGGCCCUGGAGUGAGCUUGGGGGUGAUGAAUGGGCCCGUGGCAACAUUGGGCUUUGGUCUGAGCUCGCAGGCCGCCGACGCAGUCAGAGAACCCGACGAGGGCUGGCACUCUGGGCUCCUCCUGCCCUUCCCUCCCCCGCCUCAGGGCCAAGGCACAUAUCAUUGCGCGUGGCGAGUGGCACUGCACGUGGCUCUUUCUCUCGUGGGAGGUGCCUGGAAACAGUCCUGGAGAUCCUGCCUCGCUGGGAGAAAGAUAAGACAAAAAAACAUUAUAUAUGUGCCAGCCUAGAUUAUGGUAUCUUUUUUAUAUGGCAGACCUGUCUAGAUUGAUAAAUACUGGUAAAGGAUUUGUAAAGCCUAAGAUGAGUUCAAAACCUUCAUCAUGUUUUGGCCGUAGAUGAACAGAGUAAUGACUCGUAACAAAGUGUUUUGUAGAAUAGGGGAGAAAGAGAUGUCAGGAUGCCACUUGGGUGUUUGUUCAAGAGGGAAAAAUCAAACAGCAUGAGUGACAAAGAAAAGCGGGCCAAGCUGGGCCUGAAGGUCGUGAUGGCCCAGCAAAAUCCGGAGCCUGUUUAUGACCUUAGUGAUUGUGCUAUGGUUGAACUUCCACCAGAUACCUUUGUCAUGUGCAAGUUGUUGCAGAAAACUAGCCUUAUUUUGAAUAACAAUUUAAUGACAUCCUUUGAGAAAGGAGGAAAGCUUCAUGAGCUUGAAGCUAUAGAAUACUUAGACCUCAGCAACAAUAAGUUGUCUCAUCUUCCAGAUGAUAUUCAUAAACUACAAAAACUUAAAGUCUUAAAGCUAGGUACCAAUAAACUCAAACACUUACCAUCUUCAAUGGCAGAUUUGUCAAAGUUACAAGAACUGGAUUUGUCCACUAAUAAGUUUUCCAAAGUGCCUACAAGUGUAUGUGCCUUGCCCAGACUGAAAGUUCUCACCUUAACUGGGAAUAGUAUUUCUGUACUGCCAAAAGAAUUCUGUGAGCUUCAGAAAAGCUUAUGUACACUUGAGCUUGACACUGACAAGCUACAGACACCACCUCCAGAAACAGUACAUGAAGGUGUUGAAGCUGUCAUGCGUUUUCUGUGUGAAAAAUAUGGUAUUGAAUACCAAGGGCUUAGUGAAGAGCUUGAUGACAGCACAUCUGAAUCUACCUCACCUCCAGUAUCUGCUGGAUUAGAACCUGCAGAGAAUCAAGAAAUGCUUGACUACUUUAGAAAAAAGGCUGAACUAGUUAAAGCACAACUAGCUGCUGAGGAAGCAUUCCAAGUUCAAGAACAAAAACAACUUGCACAGAUUUUAAAGGACACAAAUACUAAUAAGCAGCAACUUUUAGAAGAACUGUCACAAUCACCAGCAGAACUCCAGGAUUAUGAACGCAAGAAAUUGGCCUUGCUGCAAGACCAAUAUAACAUUGAAGAAAAAAUGCGUAGUGAACAGGCGGAGCAGCUGGAGAAAUAUUUAGCCUCAUCAAGUGACAAAGAAGCCUUGAUUAGUAAUCUGUCAGCUCAGCAAGCUGAUAUAGAUCAAGAAGUGGAAGGUCUUGUUAGUGCAAAAGAAAGAGAGCGUCAGCGUCUGUUAAAGGACCUCACAUCCUCAGAACAAGAAACUGCAGCAGCUGUUCAAGAACUCCUUACUGCUACUGCAUCUCGUAGAAAUGAAGAUUUCCUGAUCCUGAUGCAAGAACAAGAGCAAGAAAUGCAGUCAUUACUUUCAGGUAUAGCAGAGGCAGCUGCUGAACUCAGACGCUCGGAGGUAGUUGCUGCAAUGAAGGCAGCUCUUGUAGAAGAAGCAGUUGCAGAGCAGAGAAGACUGGCAGUGCAAAAGGAACAGGGAAAUCGUAUUUGUACUCUGCUUGAGGAGAAUGAUCUUGUCAAUGAUCACAUUGAAGGAGUCAUAUCCACACGAAUGGCUGACCAGGAAGUUUGGGUGUCAACUCUGCUGGAGGAUGAAGAAUGUCAAGCAGCGGCAUUUAAAUUGCUGUUACUGAAGAGUGAUCUAAAGAGAAAUAACAUCUUGAGACAGAUUGGACAAGUUGAAUACGAACUUGCUCGGCUCUCCUCACUCGAGGUACGCAAGAAGAAGUUCGGUGUCAAAUAUGGAUCCAAUACCAUGUUAGAUCAGAGAGCAACAUUAGCUGGUCUUCUCAAGUCGCUGUUAUCAGAGAAGAAGGAACGAGAAAAUCAGCUAAUAGAAUGGUUUGGUCGUGUCGGGGACAUGAGAUCUUCCGAUACAAGUGAAGAUGAUUUCUGGUUGGUGCAAUACCAGCGUCUGUUGGCCAUGAAGCCAGCAGGGUUGGCAGAAGCGGAAGAGCAACUUGAACCGAAAGUUCGAGCUGUCCUUCAGGGUGCUCAUGCUGCAGAUCUCAUUCCAGUCUUUGCCCGUCAUAAGAUUACUUAUGCUGACUUACUCAACAUGACUGAGGAAGAUGCAGCUGCAAUGGGAAUAGGCCCGGCUACGUAUCACAGUGUGCAGCGUGCUCUGCAGAUCCACUUGGCAGCAUCAAAGUUGGGAGUACAGAAACCAUCAGCUCCUUCUGAAGAGGACAUGCCGUGUGAGCCAUCUGCCCCAGAGAUAGAAUCUGAUGAAGAUGCCCCUUCAGCCCCAGCACUAGAAGACCUUGGUGAAGGAGCAUCAGCCCCUCCACUAGAAGAUCAAUAUGUGGAAGCAGAAUGUGUGAUUUGUCUUGAUUCUGGCUGUGAGGUUGUGUUUCUGCCCUGUGGCCAUGUGUGUGCCUGUAGUAAAUGCUGCACAACUAUUGCAGUUUGUCCAAUGUGCAGGUCACCUGUUAUCAGCAAGAUUUUGCUUACGUAUUAGAUGUUUACAAAGUC